GUUCACAUGAUUCGUGUUUGAACGAGUCAUCACACAAUGCAUAGGUUGUUUUCCAACAGUGACUUUGCAGCAAUUCUAAACGCUUUACAGCACAACGAAGAAUUCCGUCACCAGGGUAACAAUCCAUUCUCGCACGCUAUUGGGUGAAACGCAGCCGGAAAGCUGUUCGCUGUUAUGGAAGCUUCGUUACUAGAACAGAGGUCCGUCUUUUAUUAACGAUUUUCUAGUUUUAUCCAGAUUAAAUCAAUCGUACCGCUUACCUUUAUGUAAAAGACAGCACGCCAUGGCCGAGAAGUUUGAUAAUCUCGAAGAACACCUCGAGAAAUUCGUCGAAAACAUACGACAGCUUGGGAUUAUUGUCAGCGAUUUCCAGCCCAGCAGUCAAACAGGACUCAACCAGAAACUGAACUUUAUGAUCACAGGACUGCAGGACAUUGAGAAAUGCCGACAGCAGCUUCAUGAUAUCAACGUACCAUUGGAAGUGUUCGAGUAUAUUGAUCAGGGUCGUAACCCUCAGCUUUACACAAAGGAGUGCUUAGAAAGAGCUUUGGCUAAAAAUGAGCAGGUUAAAGGAAAGAUUGACACAUUGACUAAAUUUAAAAGUCUCCUCAUUUCUGAGCUGGGCAAGGUUUUUCCUGAAGAGAUGGCUAAAUAUAAGGCCAUUCAUGGAGAUGACCCUCCUUCAUGAGUUACCAGUGCCACAACACUUCAAUCGCAAGAUGUACAUAUGUUGAUAUUAAUAUAACAUGUUUUUUUAAGGUUGAAUUCAUCAGUGAAAUAUGCAAAUUUUUACAGCUUUUUCAUCUUUGUAUUUGCCUUUGUAAUUCACCAGAUUAUGGAUUAAAAGCUGGGGGAUAUUUUGGGACAUCCUUGAAACAGUGCAAAGCUUUUUUUUUCCUCAUGCAUUGUAAUUUUUCGCAGCAUAAUUUUUACUUUUUUUUUUCGUUGAAUAAAUGAUUAUUUUGUGUAAUGGUAACCACCAUUCUUUUUGGUUAUAUCAACCUCUUUGUAUCUGAUGUGAAUGUAUAAUUGAGUCAGUGAGCUGUUUAUACAGCCUUUUUUGGGUGUUUUUUGGUUGGAUUGGUCCUAGUGGCCUCAAGUUACUUCCUGCUAUGCCCUCUUUUGCCCUGCCUUGUAAUCUCACACUGCUUGUCUGGUGCUGUGAUGAAAAUGAUUCGAAAGUGUCCUCCUUUAACCACAUGAAAUUAUUUAUGAUGAGUCCUGCAGCUGAACUGAGAAGCAACAGUGAGACCUUACCCUAGUUGACAAUUUAAGGAUGACAAACUAAUGAGAACUCAGACAUUCUUCAUGAAUGUCUCUCUGAACAGUGAAAGAUAGGUCCUUAGCAAUGGUAAAGCUUUAUACUUGGUUAACAAAGACUGGAGGUUUAAAUAUUUGUCUUAAUCUAGCCCUAACCCUACCAGUCUACUAAUACUCUACUAACACUCUAAUGAGAUAUGUAGGUGCAGCGUUACUUAUAGUCAGCAUAAUGUGUUAAAGGGACCGUCAAAAUAAAGUGAAACCACAAGGUUACUUUAUAGUGUGUCAAGAACUUAUUCAUUUUACCCUGCCAAUAUUACUUCGGUAGAUUUAGACACAAAAUGGGCAGUCUGUUUUUUUCUGAAAUAGAUGAUUGAUUGAUAAACAAUGUGUGGAACAAGGUCACCAGAGAAGAGAAUUAUCUCUCUUAGUUCUCCAAUACUUAUUCAAUUUCUGAGCUCCCCUGUUUCUUAGAGAUAAUCUUUUGUAAGCAUCCAAACAAAAAGCCUGUAGUGGGAGGAGAGAUGUAGUAGUGGUACACAAAGAGACACUUAUAAAGGAUGCAAUUUCUUUUUUGCUUUCUCGGGUACUUUGAGGGGUGGUGUGCACGUUCUCUCAUGCAUGGCAUCCUGCAGGCUUUGUUCAGAGCAUCGAUGUUUUUGUGGGUGUAUAGUGAACUCAUCUUGUGACUCAUGAGAUGAUUCAUGCUUUUUUCUAUAGUAUGACCUUCAUUUCACCAGACACCUCUUCCACCUCUUCUCACCGAGGAACAGUGAUGCAGACUUAAUCCUGAAGAAAUGAAUGCGUCACUACUUAUGGUGUUUUAAGCCAUCCAUCUAUCUAUCUAUCUAUCUAUCUAUCUAUCUAUCUAUCUAUCUAUCUAUCUAUCUAUCUAUCUAUCUAUCUAUCUAUCUAUCUAUCUAUCUAUCUAUCUAUCUAUCUAUCUAUCAAAACAAAAUGUAAUAUGAUUUACUAUCAUUGUGUCAUUAAUAUAUUAUACAUUUUUUAUUUAUCCAAUAGAAAAACCUCUCUGAGAAUAAAUAUCAGUUUCAACAAA